GGAAUGGAAGUAGUAACACCUUUUAUACAUACAUCAUCAUCAUCACGAUCAGGUUUGUUUUAUGUGUCGUGUUUCCACAACUCUCCCGCCAUCAACAGCAAAUGGAACUCCCAGUCAUAGAUCUCUCUCCCUACCUCGCCAUUUCCGGCGAGCCAGACCCACCGAUCUCCGCCCUUUGCGCCGACGUCAGCCGCAGCCUCAGGGAGACCGGAGCACUGCUCAUCAAGGACCCGCGAUGCACCGUCCAAGACAACGAUCGCUUCAUCGAUAUGAUGGAGAGGUACUUCUCAGCUCCUCAGGACUUCAAGCUUCUCCAUGAGAGACCCCAGUUGCAUUACCAGGUUGGGGUGACCCCAGAAAGAGUAGAAGUUCCAAGAAGCUUGGUUGAUGAAGAAAUGCAAGAGAAACUGAAAGCAAUGCCUAAAGAGCACCAGCCACAUGCUCCUGUUGGGGCUGAUCUCAAAUGGAGAUACUUUUGGAGAAUUGGUCCUAGGCCAUCAAACACCCGUUUUCAGGAACUCAAUGCAGAGCCGGUAAUACCUGAAGGUUUUCCUGAAUGGAAAGAAACAAUGGAUUCCUGGGGAUACAAAAUGGUAGCAGCGAUUGAAGUGGUUGCUGAAAUGGCAGCUAUUGGUUUUGGUCUGCCAAAGGAUGCAUUCACUUCUCUUAUGAAGCUGGGCCCCCAUCUCUUAGCUCCAACAGGGAGUGACCUUCAAAAAUAUGGUCAGGAGGGAACUGUUCUUGCAGGAUAUCACUAUGAUCUUAACUUCUUAACAAUUCAUGGUAGAAGUAGAUUUCCUGGUUUAAACAUCUGGUUAAGAAAUGGACAAAAGGUUGCAGUUAAAGUUCCAAUAGGGUGUCUUCUCAUUCAGACAGGAAAGCAGAUAGAGUGGUUAACCGGAGGGGACUGCAUAGCUGGCAUGCAUGAAGUAGUUGUCACAAACAGGACAAACGAUGCAAUCAGGGUAGCACAAGAACAAAAACGUAGCUUAUGGAGAGUCUCUUCAACGUUGUUUGCACACAUAGCAUCAGAUGCAGUUCUGAAGCCCUUGGGACAUUUCACAGAAUCUCCACUUGCAAGCACAUAUCCACCUCUAUGUGCAGGAGAAUAUGUUGAACAAGAGCUUGCUGUGAUCAAUCUCAAAGAAAAGAAAUGAGAAUUUCCAUGGUUGACUUCUGCAAUAAAAAAGUUUAUAAAAUUAUUCUUUCACUGGAUCACACAGCUUUACAAGUUAUUUGGAUAAAACCAUGGGGAGAAGAAACUGAAAAUUUUGGUUUCAUUUUUGUCCCUAGAAAAGGGAACAAUUUGAGCUUCCAUUUGGACA